AUGGCCUUCAAGGUGUUGAUCGUCGGCGGCAGUGUCACCGGAUUGACUCUCGCCGCCAUUCUUGAACGCUACGGGAUUGACUACACCCUCAUUGAAAAGCACAGCGAUGUCACUCCAAAACUGGGCGGGAGCAUCGCUCUGCUCGCUCAUGGGUCACGCGUUCUCGAUCAACUCGGCUGCUACGAGCAAUUGCUUCCAUUCGGUACUGCGGUCCAAGAAUUCGCCAUGUACGGACCGGAUGGGAAACACCUGGGAACCCAAGAGAGGAUGGGUGCAAACUUAGAGGCCAUAUCCAAAAUCCACCUGUCAACCAAGGUCACCAAGAUCCAACAUCUAGACAGAGGCAUCCUCGUAGAGACGCAAGACGGUCGCAUAUUCACUGGCGACAUCGUCGUUGGGGCCGAUGGAAUUAAGAGCAGGACUCGCGACGAGAUGUGGCGCCUGGUGGAGGCUGAUAACCACAGCACCGUCGUAGACAGAAAGGCUAUCCGCAAUAAUUGCAGUUGUAUAUUUGGCAUCUCACACGGUCUGCCGCAGGUUAAGGCUACGCAGACGUGGAAGCACUUUCGCGACGACCGUCACUACUUGUGCUCUGGCGCCCCCGAUGGUCUUGUAUUCUGGGUUGUAUUCUUCAAGACGCGGAAAGAGACAGAGUCGUGGGAAGAUCUUCGCUACACCGAGCAAGAAAAGGAAGACUACGCAGCGGAAUUCGCCCGCGACCAAGUUCGAUCGGACUUGACCUUCGGGGAGAUAUAUAGAGCUUCGACAACCGCGGUCCUCGUAUCCGUGGAGGAGUUCGUUUUGCGACGCUGCUACUAUAAGCGCAUCUUACUACUAGGAGACUCGGCUCACAAGAUGCACCCUGUCACCGGACAAGGAGGAAAUUCCGCCAUCGAGGACUCGGCAUUUUUAGCGAACCGUCUAAAAGAUCUCCUCCAAGCGAAAUGGAAUCCGACAGGGUCCGAGAUCGAAUCCACGUUCCAUAACCUGCAAGAGCAGCGACGCCCUCGGACCCAGAUGCUGACCGACGGGGCUCGCGGACUAGCGCACUUGGAAUCACUCGCAACACCGCUACUAAAGCUCACUAUGCUGUAUCUGUUUCCCACAGUGCCUGGUGAGAAUUUGAUAGCGUCCAUUGGAGAAGCCAUGACGCAGGGUGAGCCGUUGAAGCAUCUCCUGCUACCCGCCAGGUCUAAGCGACUCCUCCCAUACGACGAGGAAAUCCAGGCCACACCGAGACAUCGCUCUACAACAGCGUCCUAUACCUGGAUUUGCACGUUCAUAUUCAUAGGGUCUCUGCGGCUUAUCCUUCCGUCCAUUCUCUCGAAUAGAAUAGCGCUCAUUACUCCAGAGAGUCCAACCAGGCCUCCUUUCCUGCAAAGUUGGAACGACUACAUAGAAUAUUCCUACUUUGCUAUCACUGCGUUCUGGACCAUCGAAUCCUAUCGCUCAGCAUUCAGCCUAGGUCCCAUUCUUACCCCCAUACCCUGGAUUGCUCUCGCCAAGUACUGUAGCUGGGAAGUUGCACUAUCAUUCUAUUUUGCCUUUUGGGUUUUGGGUUCCUCGUUCCGAGGAUUCUACCACCCAUGGCCGCGCGCCAUCCUUCCUGCUGCGGCCCAAGCGUUUCCAGCGGCACUGUGCUUUGCUAUUAUGGCCCGCGAGACUUUCUCCAGGCUGCGUGUCCUUAUCAGUCUGAGCAAUACAAUGAUGCCACACCUGCUAAUCCCACUUAUAACUACAUUGAUCGAAAGGAGCAUCGUGCGUGUCCACGGCGAACGAUGGGCACCCGCCUACCAGUUCGGCGAUUACGAUAUAAAAUAUCUCGAUCAGUUCUUCUUCUGCAGCAUGGUUGCUGCGUUUAGGCAUAUUAUCAUGAUCUUCUUCGAUAUCAUUCCUUAUUUGCGUCAGGGCUAUGGACCGCUCUUACUCCGGACACCGGAGAUCAUUAACUUUGGGGUAUUCGCCCUGCUCGUUGCCACCUGGCUUCUCUUUACGGCUUGGGAUUUGCGCAGAGUCAGCGUCCUGAACCUUAAUCUGGUCACGGCAUCAGUCUACAUUAUUCUGGGGAUUUCCUUCAUCGGUCCUGGUGCGACGCUCAUGGGUGUCUGGUGGUGGAGAGAAAGGCUCUGGGAGAAAUCGCGACAGAGGGUCUCAGAGGAGCGGUAUGCUAAAGUGGAGAGGGAUCAGGCUCCUCCCAUUAUCAAGACGUGAAACUGGUCUCGGAUACUUUAACCUAGAACCCUGCCAAUCAAGAGGGAGCUGCGUGUGGCGUGACAGGCCAUGUAUGUAUCGGGUGUCUUUUCCAAGAGGCUCUGAAAAGCUUGUUCCUUUUGAGCGAUAUAUAGAGUUGCGCAAGAUUGGCUACCACAAAUACAACAUAAUGUGUAUACCGAUGAAGCUUCGCUCUCGAGUCAU